CGAAGCUGUUGGCCAAUCACCGACCGAUGCGAGGAUCCUGUCUUCCCAGAAGCCUUUGCAGCAGCUCAGCUAGCUGCUCGGCUAACUGGUAAUCUGUCGAUCCCUGGAGCUACAAGCUCACGCGCUGCUGGGCUCUACACUCUUCCGGAUUGCUCUCCUUUGAUGGCUGAAGAAGACCCUCUGAUGUGACUUCAACUUGGCACUUGUGAUCAAGGACAGACGCACUGCCCAUGCUGCCCCAGUAGAUGUGCUGUCACUAUGCUACUGAGAGAAGAAUGACAUUUGUGUCAUUUUAAUUCCUGGAGCUGCCUCGAGCAGUUGAGCUUUGAUUUAAAAAAAACAAAAAAAAAAAAAAAAACUACUGCUCUGUGCCAAAUUGGUCUGUAUCUUGGCCUAUUUCUUUGCACUUCCGCAGCCUAGAGGGCAAACUUGUUAUGGCACCAGAGGCCAACUGAUCAAAAGGGGACUCUGGCUAUACUGGAGGAUUAGACUGUGCUGUGGGAGUGGGGACUGGACCCAGAAAGCAGGCCCACAGUGGCACACAUCAUGCUACCGGGACACUAGACUCCCUGUUUGAGCCCCUUCUGUGUGGCGUUUGUUUUUUUCUUUUCCUGCAGUCUCAUUGGUUUGGAUGGUUGAGCACAAGGGCUACUUUGAAGGAGCCCACCGGUGGCUGUGGUUUGGCCAAAGCUGACAGACUGCUUGCCAGCUAUUGCUGAUUUAGCACUCUUGUCCACUGCUGUAGCCCCCCUCGUCGUGGUCUCCAGUAUGGUGAGUGGAGGCUGGAGGCAUCGCAGGAGUGAAACUGAACCAUUAACACUGGCGUAGCUGGUUACCUGACUUUUUUUUUUUCCUGCACUGUGAAGGAUCGCAUUCCAGGACUUUUUUUUUCUCUUAUCCUUUGUGCGGGGAAACACACCGUCAAGGUCAUUUUUACAUUUUAAACUCCGGAAAGAAGACCGCCCCAGAGGAGGAUGAAGUUGAGGAAACAGGUGACUGUGUGUGGAGGGGCCAUAUUCUGUGUGGCUGUGUUCUCGCUGUAUCUGAUGUUGGAUCGAGUCCAACAUGACCCUGCAAGGAGACAGAAUGGCGGUAACUUUCCACGGAGCCAAAUCUCAGUUCUGCAAAACCGAAUAGAGCAGCUGGAGCAGCUCCUGGAGGAAAACCACCAAAUCAUCAGCCACAUAAAGGACUCUGUGAUGGAGCUCACAGACACAGGAGCUGUGUCUCCCAGCGGCCACCUGCCAUUUAGAAGUGCCAAUGGUUCCUGGGUCCUACCCUUCGACGGCCGGCCCACUUUCCUAGCUGUCAAGCCCCAGGAUUGCCAACCGGCUUUAGGCAGCCACGGCCAAGCAGACGUUCAGAUGCUGGAUGUGUACUCCCUCCUCAAGUUUGACAACCCUGAUGGCGGCGUAUGGAAACAGGGUUUUGAGAUUACCUAUGAACCCGACGAGUGGGACAAUGAAAAGCUGCAAGUGUUUGUUGUCCCCCACUCACACAAUGAUCCAGGCUGGAUCAAGACUUUUGACAAGUACUUCACAGACCAGACGCAGCAUAUUUUGAACAACAUGGUGGUGAAGCUGGCUGAGGAUCCUCGCAGGAAAUUCAUCUGGUCUGAGAUUUCAUUCUUCGCCAAGUGGUGGGAGACCGCAGACGUUCACAAACGGGAGGCGAUGCGCAAACUGAUCCUUGGAGGGCAGCUAGAGAUUGUCACGGGAGGCUGGGUUAUGACAGAUGAAGCCAACGUUCACUACUUCGCCAUGAUAGACCAGCUCAUUGAAGGGCAUCAGUGGCUGGAGAGAAAUCUCGGUAUCACUCCUCGCAGCGGAUGGGCGGUGGACCCUUUCGGUCACAGUGCGACCAUGUCCUAUCUGCUGAAGAGGGCCAACCUUACCAGCAUGCUCAUCCAGAGGGUCCACUACUCCAUCAAAAAACACUUUGCCUCCACGCGCAGCCUGGAGUUUAUGUGGAGGCAGACCUGGGACACUGGAUCAAACACGGACAUCUUUUGCCACAUGAUGCCGUUCUACAGCUACGACGUUCCGCACACCUGCGGGCCCGACCCGAAGGUCUGCUGCCAGUUUGAUUUCAAGAGGUUACCGGGUGGUCGGAUAAACUGUCCCUGGAAAGUGCCACCGAAACCUGUGGUGGAAGCCAAUGUAGCCGAGAGGGCGAACCUGCUCCUGGAUCAGUACCGUAAAAAGUCCAAACUCUACCGCAGCAAAGUGCUUCUUGUCCCUCUGGGAGAUGACUUCCGCUUCGACAAGGCGCUGGAGUGGGACCAGCAGUACACCAACUACCAGAAGCUAUUCGACUACAUGAAUUCUCACCCAGAGAUGCACAUCCAAGCUCAGUUUGGGACUCUCUCAGAGUACUUCAACGCUGUAUACAAAGCACACGGAGUGGCCCAGGGGUCCAGACCUGCAGACUUCCCAGUGCUUAGUGGAGAUUUCUUUGCCUACGCAGACCGGGAAGACCACUACUGGACUGGCUAUUUCACCUCUCGGCCCUUUUACAAGAGCCUGGACCGUGUGAUAGAGUCACAUCUCAGGGGGGCAGAGAUCCUCUACAGCUUGGCGGUUGCGAACGCUCGCCAUGUGGGCAUGGAAGGGCGCUACCCGGUCUCAGAUUAUGCCCUGCUGGUGGAUGCGCGGCAGUCUGUUGGCCUCUUCCAACAUCACGAUGCGAUCACUGGCACUGCGAAAGAGAAUGUUGUCACCGACUACGGCACCAGAUUACUGCGUUCACUCAUUGGUCUAAAGAGAGUAAUCAUCAAUGCUGCUCAUUUCCUGGUGAUGAAAAACAAGGAGUUUUAUCGGUUUUACCAGACGGAGCCUUUCCUGGAGACAGAUGACAGGCGCGCGACUCAAGACUCUCUGCCUCAGAGCACUUUAAUCGAGCUGGAUCCAGCAGGACCGAGGUACCUGGUUCUGUUCAACCCCAUUGAGCAGGAGCGCCUGUGUGCGGUAACUGUGCUGGUCAACACGGUCAGGGUGCGGGUUCUUACUGAGGACGGACAAACCCUCCCUGUGCAGCUGAGUGCUCAGUGGAGCUCUGCUAGUCAAAUGAGUGCAGAGGUAUUUGAGGCAACAUUCAUGGUCCGUCUUCCACCGCUGGGCCUGGCUGUGUUCCAUCUCUACGACUCUCCUGACUCGCCCAUGACGCUCCGCUCUGACACCCUGCUCAGGCUGUCUGGUCGGGGCGUCACCGCUCGAGCCGUGGAGCCGCUUCCUAUCCGCUCUCAGCAGUCCGACCCUCAGACCUUCUACAUUAGCAGCCAGUCUCUCACGCUGGGCUUCUCUGGAGACACUGGCCUUCUAGAGAGCAUCAAGCGAAAGGAUGAUCCUCAGGAAGUGAAGGUUCAGAUGGAGUUCAUCGUCUACGGCACCCGUCCCUCUAAAGACAAAAGUGGAGCUUACCUCUUCCUGCCUGAUGGAAAAGCAAAGCCCUACAACCAGAAAGAGCCCCCGGUGGUGCGCGUCGUGGAGGGGCCUCUCUUCUCGGAGGUGGUGGCUCACUACCAGCAUUUCCAGCAGACCAUUCGCAUACACAAUGUGCCAGGGGUAGAUGGGUUGUCGAUAGACAUCACCACCACGGUGGACAUCAGAGAUCAGACCAAUAAGGAGCUGGCAAUGCGACUGGUCACGGACAUCCAGAGUGGAGACGUCUUUUACACAGAUCUCAAUGGCUUCCAGAUGCAGCCUCGUCACCACCACCUAAAGCUUCCCCUGCAGGCCAACUUUUAUCCCAUGCCCAGCCAGGCGUACAUCCAGGACAGCCAUCACCGCCUCACGCUGCACACGGCUCAGUCCCUGGGUAUCACCAGCCUGGAGAGUGGCCAGCUUGAAGUGAUCAUGGACCGACGGCUGAUGCAGGAUGAUAAUCGUGGGCUGGGUCAGGGCCUGAAGGACAACAAGAAGACAACCAACCGCUUCCGACUGCUGCUGGAGAGGAGAUCCACGGGCAACAAGAUGAUGGACAGUGCAACAACCAGCUUCCCGUCUGUACUCAGUCACAUGACCAACUCCUUCCUGAACCACAAGGUGUUGGUGCUGCCCGUCCUGCCAAAGAGACGCGGCAUCCCUCCCUUGCAAACCUUCGCCCCUCUCAAGUCCAUCCUCCCCUGCGACUUCCACCUGCUGAACCUGCGCAGCAUCCAGAGCCAGGAGGACCCCCACGCUCCGUCUCCUUACACAGCCUUGAUUCUUCACCGUCUGGCGCUGGACUGUGGCCUGGAUGCUCCAAACCUCGGCUUCAACUGCACCACCACACAAGGACAGCUGAGCGUAUCGGGACUUUUCAAGAACCUGGACCUGCAGCUGCUCCAGCCCAUGUCCCUGACUCUGAUGCACUCCAGCACACCUCUGGCCAACGACUCCACCAUCAGCCUGGAUCCCAUGGAGAUCUCCGCCUUUAAGCUCAAACUGCGCUAAGCGCCGUCGGGACUGAAAGAGGCAAUGAAAACCCACCAGACUCCUUGGACCAAGAACCAGGCCCACGCCGGCCACAGACUGGCAACAAAAGGGGGGUCUGGGUCCCUCUGUUUUGCCAAGCAGAACAAUAAACACUACAGCUCGGAGGAAAACGGUUCCACUGUAACAGGACUGACUGCACAGCAGGGGGCAGGCGAUGGCUGUUACUGUGGCCGUCUCCGAGUGCAGCGAAACCCGGGUGAACUCGCAGCUGUUCCAAAACAAGACCGACUGCCAGAAUCGCUCAUCAGAUUCAACCGGGUGUCUGUCUGUCUGUGUCUGUAAUCAAAAAUGAAGUCUCGUUUAGUUCUGCUUUGUAAGAACUCGUGUCUUUUUCUAUCUUUGCUCCAUCCUGGACUGAACUUCUGAAUGUAAAUAUCCCAAAAGAUAGGAAGGAAGGAGGGCGGGAGGGAGGGGUGCUGGGACUUGUGCCACAUCAGAGUGCAAUUUACAAAGCUUUAUUUGUUUUUGUUUUUUUAAUGUAUGCAAUUAAGAAGACGCAUCACAGUGAUUUCGUUUUUUAUACUUGUACUUGAUUUCUUUUUUGACAGACUCGAAUGCAGCAAAGAGAAUGUGUGGUCUCUUCUUGGCUCGCGAGGAGACCCGUGCUGCAGCUCUUGAAGCUCUUUAUCAUAUGUCUGAGUCCAAGAGACUCACAUCAGUCACUAUUAAGCAUUAAUCAUAUCUGAUGACUUUUACCUUCUGUUCGCGGGAUUCGCUUGUAGAUAGUUGGCAGACUUUCUUUCCUUCACUUCUUUUUCUCCUCCCAUGAGCUUCUUUAUUUCAAAGCGUCUGUCUAUCAUUCCUGUGCUUGUACUUCACUGCGGCGAGGGUGGUCUGUGUACCAUACUGUAUGCAGUAGAGGACUAUACAAAGACUUUACCUCAAUACCACAAGGCAGAUAUAUCCGUAUGUAUGUAUACGUGUGUCUGUAGAAUAUGCUGAUGUGAAUGUUUGAGGAUUUCUUCUUUCUGGGGUGUAUUGAGGUUACAGUGCACACUAUCAGGGACCGUUCUUAGUACUGUUGGAUGUCUGUGUGGAGCCGUUGGUCACUAUCAUUGCAGCACAAUGGGAGCUUCCCAUUGGAGAUGAACAAUGAAGGGGUUCGUUCACCCAAAUAAGAAAUCUGGCCGUGCAGAUAGAUUGGGUUUUGAGGUAUCUGUCCUGAGCUGUCGCUAAUGAUUGUUUUCAUUAAGUCAAGUCUAUAAAAUGGCAGAAAGAAAGUGGA